GAAAGCACACGGAUCACAGACACUCCUCUUCUCUCCUCCUCUGACAGACGGAGCACACGCUCUCUCGUUCUCUCCAGCUGUCUUCUCCGCGUCUGUGCUGGAUUGCCGUGUUGGAGUAUCUCAGCGGAGGAGGAGAGAGCAGGGACUCGCGCUCCGGACUCCAGACUGCAGCUUCAUGGGAAAGACGCUGGAGCAGCACCAGAUGUUCCCGCACUACACCUGCUACUAUCCACCCUGCGCUCACAGCAAGCCAUAUGCCCCGCCCCCUCAUCAGAUGGCCCCGCCCAGUCCAGGAAGCAGCAGCUGUAGUCAGAGUGCAGUGGAGCAGCUCAGCAAAACCAACCUGUACAUACGAGGACUUCCUCCUGGAACCACAGACCAGGACCUCAUCCAACUCUGCCAACCCUAUGGGAAAAUUGUGUCUACUAAGGCCAUCCUGGACAAGAACACAAACCAGUGCAAAGGUUAUGGUUUCGUGGACUUUGACUGUCCAGCAGCAGCGCAGAAGGCCGUUUCGUCUCUGAAGGCCACCGGUGUGCAGGCGCAGAUGGCAAAGCAGCAGGAGCAGGACCCCACUAACCUGUACCUGUCUAAUCUGCCCAUCUCUGUGGAAGAACAGGAGCUGGAGGCGCUGCUCAAACCCUUCGGUCACGUGAUCUCCACGCGGAUCUUACGGGACGCCAGCGGCGCAAGCAGAAGUGUCGGCUUCGCCAGGAUGGAGUCCACAGAGAAAUGUGAAGUUGUCAUACAACAUUUCAAUGGGAAAUAUCUCAAGACUCCAGCAGGAACCCCAGGUCCGUCUGAACCGCUGCUGUGUAAGUUUUUUGCUGACGGCGGUCAGAAGAAGAGACAAACUCAGAGCAAAUAUCCACAGAAUGGCCGAGCGUGGAGGGAAGGAGAGGUGAGAUCUCACACACACACACACACACACACACACACAGAGUUCUACUCUUCUCCGUACAGCAUCACUGCUAACAGGAUGAUCGCCCAAGUGUCCAUCACUCCGUUUAUCACCACUUCACCCAUCUCUACAUAUCAGGUUCAGAGCACAGCAUGGAUGCCGCAGCAGUAUGUGAUGCAGCCGACAGGAGCACUCAUCAGUCCAGCUCUAGAUCACAGCACUGUAAUGACUCCACUAACACAACAGAUGAGUCAGCUGACACUGGGGACCUCUGCUGAUUAUAUAACAGCUCCAGCUCGUGUGGCCCCUAUGCAAGGAACAUUCAUCCAUCAGUUAACGCCGGUCCCUCCUGUAGAGGGUGUAGUAACAGAAGCUCCCUCGUCACAGGAUGUCCAUGUAGCACGGCAACAGAUCACCAUGGAAACCAGCGACCACAUUCAACCCUGCUCCUACCAGUCCAAAUAGCAUCCUGAAGAGGUGAAUGUACAUCAGCGUUGCCUUCUGAUGGACGCUCUGCACUCAGAUUAUGGACACGCAAUGAACUUCCAGGUGACCUCAGCACCAAAAACACUGACUUGACUCAUUCCCCAGCUGGACUGUAGGACACCGCAGGGCCGCUUCAUGAGCUGAUGAUUGUUUUUUUAAUGUCUGUUGGACUGAAGCUCCUUCAGAGAGUUCAUAAAUAUGAAAACAUUGCGUUGAUAGAUGCGGAUAUGAUGUAAAAUAAUAAAGAAGAACACAUAUCGUCUUCCUCAGAUAUUAAGCUAUUGCAUCGUUAUAUUCUGUUGAUUUUCUUCUGUCAAGUGUUGGUUUUGUAGGAAUUUACACAAAUCUCAGUUGCCUUAAUUUUGAAUACAUCUGAAUUUUGUUUAAUAUCCGGCAUCAUGUGUUAAUCAUGUUGGGACUGAAUCCUGAUAUCACCUUUUCUUCAUUUGAAGAAAAAUUAGGUAAUUAUAAUUUUCCU